UUAUUUUCUAUGUGCAAAAAUAAUAUAUAUAACUAUGUAUUCACCGUUGUCGCCUCAAGCUAGUCUUAGUUCAGAAUUAAGACAAAUUAUAAAUGAAAGAAAUAUGUUGAGCAUGCGGAGCCGUAUGAAGGUUCUACAUGCUUUAAAUGAAGAUAAUGAAAAAUGUACAGAGGAAAAAGAAAAAAUUCUGAGAUCACAAGCCAUUCAAGAAAUACUCACUACAGAAGUUACUUAUUUACAACAACUGGAAAUUUUAGCAGAAUUUUUUAUACAACCUAUUCUCGAGAGAAAAUUGUUGGACCAUCCAUUACUUGUCACCCUAGCUGAAAACAUAAAGACGUUAUAUAAUGUGAGUGGUGAACUGGUGGCAGAAUUAAAACGUAAUUCUGAUAACAUAGCUGGAGUGUUCCAUAAACUUGCACCAUUCUUUAAAUUAUAUUCUGUUUAUGCUUAUGAUUAUACACAAGUACUAAAUUUAUUACAGACAAAUGAAGAGAAUGAUUCUGUUUUUAAAAAAUUUAUUUGUGAUCAAGAAACAAGACCAGAAGUAGGCAGGAAAUUGUCUUCGUUGUUAAUUACACCAGUACAAAGGGUACCAAGAUAUCAAUUACUUGUUAAACAAGUAUUACAACAUACUCCUUAUAGACAUAGAGAAUAUCGACAUUUACAGACAUGUUUAGUUGAAAUUGAAAAAUCAGCGAAACACAUAAAUACUUUAAUCGCACAAAAUGAAGAAACACAAAAAUUAUUAAAUCUUCAGAAGUGCAUUGUUACUUCUAUUAACCUUGUCAAGCCUGGUAGAAUGUUAAUCAAACAAGGACCAUUGAUGCGUGUUUCAAGACGAGGCAAUUCAACUUAUAGACGAUAUUUUGUUCUUUUAAAUGACACUCUGUUAUAUUGUAAAGGUGAACCAGAGACAUCACUGAACAUAUCUUGCGUUCUACCAUUAAACAAGUGCAGUUUAAUCUGCGUUCUGAGCAAAAAAUUGUUCCGUAUAACAUGCUUGCAUGAAACAUUCUUAUUAUACUCAGAAAAUGCGGAUAGUGCCGAAUGGAUACAAUCGAUACAAAGUGCUAUUAAAAAAUAUACCGAAUGUCGACAAACUUUGAGAAAAGAAAGUAGCUCAAGAAAGCCACUUAGACAUAAAAAUAUUAAUGAGUUUUCAUCAGAUGAUAUACCAAAAAAACCUAUUAAAAGAAAAAGAUGUAUAAAAGAUGAACAGGUAUCGUUGGACACCUCCAAUAUAAUAUACUUUAAAAAGGAUAAUGAAAUGGAUGAGAAUACUCAAAGUAAUAAUAUUUGUUUAUCUCUUUCUACCAAAAGAUUUAAACAAAAUGAGUAUUCCAAAUCUGAUCAUACUUCCCUCCAAGUAAAAAAUACAAAACUGAAAUUAUGUAAAAAUAAAAAUACACAAUCUAUAUCUACUCAUAGAUGUUUAAAAAAAUCAAGUCACAGCAAUUAUGAGACUCUUCCAAUGACAACGAUGCAUGGAACAAGUUCUUGCUCGAUCACAUCGAACAACGAAGAACACACAUCGCCAUUUCAAAUAAUGAGUGAUUUUUUCACAUUUAUCGGUACAACAAUAAAAGACUUCUUCAUAUUCGUCUCUUCUGUGUCCAGAUCCAUUCUUGGAAUGCCAACGUUUCAUGAACCUUGCAGUAUGCUUCAUCAGGGCGAGGAACAGCUUGAGUAUCCAUUCCAAGAAUGGAUCUGGACAUGGAAGAAAUCUAUAACAAUGGAAGGCCCAUUAGAAAUAAAGAACUCCAGUGCAGGUGUGGAGGAGCCUAUAAAAUCUGAAGUUCUCGUACAAAAUUCUGAUAAUAACGAGCGAAGCGAUGCAGCUUCUCCACCUCCAAAUUGUAGCAUUUGCUUGGGAAAAUUAGUUAAUACAUCUUUCACAGACAGUUGUCUGCACCAAUUUUGUUUUACUUGCUUACUUCAAUGGUCCAAAAUUAAGACAGAAUGUCCUUUAUGCAAGCAAACAUUCAAAUCGAUUAUACACAAUGUAAGAUCAGAAGGAGAUUAUGAUCAAUAUCAUGUACCUCGUGAAUUAGCAUCGCAAAUUCCUCAGCCACAAGUAACUGCUACUUUGGAUGUCAAUUUUGAUGUCAAUUGGGAAUCUGCUCCUCGUCAAUUUGUUUACAGAACAACAAUGACUGGCAGUCGUCGACACGGAGUGUUAUUGAAUCCAGAGCAGGUUACAAGACGUGAACAAUUACCUAGUAUGGCACCUCAAGUGCCUAGAGAAGAACGUAGACGUAGGCGUGCUAAUCCUACAGAUUAUCGUCGUACAGUUUAUAGGCAUGGUAUAUGGGCUACUUCAUUACCUGACAUAUUUGGGCGUUUUCGUGAAUGUAGCGCUGAUUAUUAUAGAAGACAACCACAACAAUUAGAUCGUCUUAUACCAUGGUUAAAUAGAGAGUUGCAAGUUUUACUUAAUAAUGAACCAACCCAUGUUGCUUAUGUGUUGAGUAUAAUAAUGGAGGCCUUAACUCAAUAUGAUAUUAGAAGUCCAGAAUUUCGGAAUAUUGUCCGACCCUUUUUCGCUAUACAUACAGAUCAUUUUGCACACGAAUUGUUAAAUUUUGCCCAAACCAAUUUUGAUUUAGUGGGAUAUGAUCAAUCUGUUACUUAUUUGCCACGUGGUUUAUCAAAUGAGUAUGCAACUCGUAUUGAAUCACCUACAUCCAGUAGCAGUAGCAGUAGCAGCAGUAGUCUUGUCUUUGACAACUCUGAUGUACGAAUACUUGCUGAAGCAAUCGAUUUGAGAAUAAACGCUGAAAUGCCGAAUACCUUACCACAUCCUAUUAGCAUGCCAGGUCCUAGUGCAGCAGGACAGAUGUUUCGCAGAGUAGAAACAUCUAAUACUGUACCAGAACUGUUAAUCGUUUCAUCGAGUUCCUCUGAAUCAGAUUGUGAAAUAAUUGGUUAUGUAAAACCACGUCAUGAAAGAACACCAAAAAUCAUAGAGUUACUUUCUUCUGACACUGAGCAUGUGUGUGUUUCUCAUACAUUGAAUGGAAAUAUGCAAUCAACUACAAGAAGAACAUAUUUGGAAAAUACAUCAUUACCAAGUACGUCUUAUGUCAAGGAGACGAAAGGAUCGUCUUCGUCAUCUUACUCAGUGUCAAGUACUGAUGUUUUAUCUGACAAUGAUAACAAUCCGAGAUCAAGUAGACGAAACCGUUCAAAGAAAUCAGAAAAAAAAGCACAAAAGUAUAAAAGAUCAGAUGGGACAGGAAGCCGAAAUAAAUCAUCUAAAAAAAAGAGAAUAUCCAGUUCUAGUGAUUCUAGCUCAUCUGAAAGUUUAUUAAAGGAAUGUAACGAAAAACGAUUGAAAAAGCCAAGAUAUAGAGUACAGGCUAAAGGUACAGGACGAAUAAAACUUAUUAAAAGAGAAGAAAGCUAUUCAGAUGAGGAUUCAUCUAGUAGUGACAGUAGUAGCACAGAGACUGAUAACAAAAUGAAAACCAAGAAGUGUUACAGAGAAUAUAAAUCGAAAAGAGAUUGUUCCUCUAGCGUAACAAACGAUUAUACAGCGAAAAGUGGAAAAACAACGAGAAAUGAAGAGAAAGCUUUUAAUUUGGAAAAGUUAAAGUCUAAGAAUAAAGAUCCGAAGUACUGCGAAAACAGACAAUCUAGAUCUAGAAGUAACAGUAUAUCUUCUAACGCUUCUGAACGAGAUAAAAGGCCGAACCAUAAGCACCGCGAAUGUCGAAAUACGAACGAGUUUGGAAGUCAAGACGAUAGUGCCUCAAUAAAUAAAGAUAUGUCAAGAAGUGAAUAUAAGUCUAAAUCAAAAAAGAAAAUUUGUUAUUCUUCAGAUUCGGAAGAUGAUUGUUUAAGAUCUUGUAGUCAGUGUAGUGAUUAUUCCAAUAAAUCCUAUUCGCAUUGGAAAAAAUCAAAACGUAAAGAAAAGCAUAAAGAUAAGGAGCGCUAUAGAUCCAGUAGCAGAAUAUUUAAUUUAUCACAAUCCAAUGCAAGUACAAUUUUAACAAUGUCUAUAUCAUCGAAAAAUGACAUGUAUCCGACGAAACAUUCCGAUCGUAACGGUUCCGAUUGUAAAGAAAAACAUAAAUUACGCAAAGAAUCUAAAUAUAGAAAAUCCGAAAAUGAAAAAAAGUCGAGACCAAAGAAAAAGAAGCGACGUCUUCAAUCUUCUUCCACUUCGGGAUAA